GAGCGCCGCCACUGCCAGCGGCAGCAGCGCGUCUGGAGUCGAUCAGCUUCAGGUGCAAGAUCCGUGGCGAGCAGCAGGAGUGGGAGCUGAUGGUGGACAACUGCAAGCGGGACUCGCAGCCGCAGAAGAACGCCUCAAAGCACAGCUCAAGCAGCAGAUGGACGCAGCGACAGCCGCACUCCAGUCCACCGUCUCCAGCUCCUUCGGCAGCCUCUCGCAAGCGAUUAGCAACAAGCUCAAACCGCACGUGGAGCGCAUCGACAGGCACCAGGCUCAGCUCGCUUCGCUACAACAGUCAACGACCAAGCUGGAGGAGGACAAUGCUACGAUGCGCAACCAGAUCCGCACAAUGCAGGCCACACUGGCGCAGGUGGACGAGCUGGGCCAGAGCGACCACCCCGACAUGCUGCGGAUUACCGCCUGGGGCCGACAGCCUGACCCCCAGCUCUUCGUGGCCAACUGCAGCAAGGUGGUCACCCCCGAGGCCCUCCUGGCGGCGAUUGGCGCGUGGCUCAAGGCCGCUGGCGUGGAGGUGGCGCAUGUGGACAUCAACGAGCGCGAGCCCGCCAAGAGGCUCCACAUAUACCUCCCAGGCGGCGCGACGGGCAAGGCCAGGGUGCUGGCGAUGGCGAAGCAUCUCAAGCUCCCGUGCGGCAAGUGGCGCGACCUCGCGGUGCAGGCCACGGACGGGCAGGUGGAGCGGCUCUAUGUCAACCCAGACAAGCGCCCGAAGGCCGCCAUGGUCGGGGACUGGUGGAUGCAGCGGCACCUCGGCAUGGUACACUGCGGCACGACGCCCGUGGCGGAGGUUGUCGCCAAGGGCAUGGGGGGCCCGUCCCAGGUCAACUGGAACCCAGAGGCGCGCUCCAAGCUCAAGCUGGACACGGACGCGAUCAUGGUCUCCAUCAGGCAGCUCUUCCGCGCGGUGGAUGCGGCCAGCUGGUACUCUUCCGAGCCCUCGCUGGGCCCCCUGGUUGCGACCAGGGGACUCGGCGCCGUGCAG